UCCGCGGAUCGACACAGAGCAAAGUGCUCACAGCCGACGGGUCACCCACCGAGCAGCAAGCGUGAAAACGAACACUCGAAAAGAGGCAGCCUUGAGAGAAGGUCCAGUGGGAAAUCGUCGCAGUCUACCCUACAACAGAUGAUUCAGCUCUCCUCGGAGUAACGAGGUACACUUCGGUUCAUGCCGUUGCUGCUACAACGAUCUUGUUCAGAGACUCUCUGUGAAAGAGGGACACGAGCUCGGGAGAGCGAAGCUCGGCCGGUGCGUUCUUGCUUUAGCAGCAACAGUAGCGGUAGCUCGACUCUGCGGCACUGCAGAGGCCGGCUGGUUGGUUCUCAAUUGGAUCUGAUUAAUUGGGAUGCUUGAACGCGUAUUGAGAAGCAGCAGCGACUAUGACAUUGCGGACGACAGUGCUCUGUUGCAGUACUCUUUGAUGGAUACAGAGUAAUAUUCGCGUGAGUCGUUCAGUUUACGUGACUUUCGUGCAGGACACGGCGCGCGGACGCCGCCUAUAGUGAAAUAGACCAAUUCUGUGUGUUCGUGCGCGUGUGUAUAUGAGUUUAGCGCGACCUGCCAACGUCGUUGAUCUACAGUGCGGUGCAGUGCAGUCCCGCGUGUCAGGCGUUGUCGCUGGCGUCGUCAAUUGGUGUGGUGCUGAUGGUGGUUCAUGCCCGCACUUCUGCCAGUGCUCAGUUACUCCGUCGUGGACUGCAAAUUGUAGAUCAUGGAUGACAUUCUAGUUCUUCACUCAUCCGUAGAUACCUUCGCAUCCGCUGCCUUGCAAAUAAGCUGCUACGGAUGCAGCCCUCUUCGCUGGUGAUUUUCAUCGCCUAUUGACCUCUGUCCUUCUCAUUUCGUAAUUUUCCUUCUCCUACAUUAUACUAGUUUACUGCGCGUGUCUAUCCAGCAGCCUAAUGACGUGGUCACAGUUAAAGCAGCUAGCUAUAUCGUCCUGUCGGCGACGGCCAUCCGACCUCAGCGGACAAAGUAUGCAGUUUUCGAUUGACGUGUCGAUCCUGUAUGCUCAGGAUGGUGCGGAAUGGGCAGACUAUCUGCAGGAAUCGGUGCAGACAUUCCUGUCACCACGUAUUGUCAAUAUAAACUGUGUCAAACUGGGCAGCGGUACCACCCUGCUGUCGCCCAUCAGCCGGGCAAUUCGUUCCUCCAAAGUGUUGCUGAUCAUCCUUAGCCAGGAGCUGCUCAACUUUGUACGCUCCGUGAACUUUGUUGAGGUGGGCAAGCUGAUGGACGGUGGCAGGACGCUUGCCAUGCUGUGUGGCAUCCGCACGGACCAGUUAAGCGACGCAUAUCUUGCACAGCUGCCAGCGUCAAGCACCUGGCGACAGAUGGAGGCGCGGAGCCAAGACAAACAAUUCGCGUUCGAGCUCAUCUCAGCCCUGUGCGAACUGCUUAGGAAAGUUGACGAUAGCCAGCAAACGAGCAAACCGAAAUUUAAGCUCACGCCCCGUAAAGUAAUUGAUGCCAACACCAAAGUAUUUCUAUUGUUAGAACAGGCUAUGUCUGGCACGCAGAAAGUUGUCGUUACACUUGAUUCGAAGGAGGUGACCAUUAAAAUGCGCAACCCGUUCACAGUACAGUUUGUCAUGCCACACCAAUAUUUGACAAGUUCAAAGCUAGUGCACGUUCAGCUUAUCAUCGACGGAGAGUGCCAAGGGGUUCGACCCAUGAAGUGCGAAUCUCGGCUUGGAGAAUUGAACGGCUUGCUCCAAGCGUCGAUAUCGCCGUUCGAAAAUCUCCGUCUAACUCUUGGUCUACCGACUGUGCAGGAAGUAGAUGCUGCGUUGGCCAAAUCAUUUAUCGAGAACAUGCCGAAGGAAGGUUUUCAGUUCUUAAAACCCGGCCAGAUGGUUGAAGAGCGACGCAAGAGUGAAUCAAGUUUGCCAACACUGCUCCAUUUCGCCGCCCAGUAUGGUCUCAAGGAGCUCGCAUCGGUGCUAUUGAAGUGCCCGGGUGCGUUGUCCUGCUGCCAGUUGCUAAAUAUCAACGGUCAAAGUCCGGCAACGGUGGCAACUCAAGCGGGUCACCCCGAAGUAGCAUCCCUUAUUGACGAGUGGAUGUCAUCUCAAAGUGCUCUCAAUCGCUUGUCGACAGUCUCCCGCGCUGCUUCGUUAUACCACAAGACUCCAGUGUCAUCUGCUGAGUGCUCGCAGCGAAAUUCGGCUGGUUCAUCAGGUGUUCCUGGCUACGACAACUCGGAAGCGUUAUCGCGAGCGCUUACCCACUGUGAGAACUUUGACGCUGCUGAUGGCAUUGCGUCAAGCUCUGAAGCGAGUACUAGCCAAGAACAACUUCCGCGAGCCGGAAGCGCCUCUGAUAGCGGUGCGCACUCGGAUGCUUCCGAUAAUGAGAGUAACAACCGUUUAAGUCUGCCAUUGACAAACCCGUUUCCCGACUAUGAUAUGUUGCCAAAACCGUCAAGGCCCGACGCACUCAAUCUACAAAAAUCGAUGACUCUAACAAGGGACGCGCGUUCGGCUACAGGCGGGUCGGACCAAGAUGAUCAUGUCUAUUACAUGUACAAUGGGACUAAGACAACAAGGAAGUCUGGGUGUCAGACCCUUACUCGGGAAUAUGACCUUCGUAGUUCAGUAACACCGCGUACGUGUACUUCGAUGAGUACGUUACCUUCGAGUGGUGCGCAACGUUCGAGCUCCGGUAUGUAUUACGACAUGUUACCAACGAAGCCACUUUCUGUUCGCCACUAUCAAAUGGACAGCAAAACCACCCAGUCUCCACCGCGCCUUAGCUCAUUUAGGUCGCCAGUGUCUCCACUUUCUCCAUCGUCGAAGACAUCUUUAGCUGAGGUUCUGGCCGAGUAUGACUUUCCCAUAUCACCAACAUCAUCGUCAAUGUCAUCCCCACAGAAAGUAUCGGGUGGUCUUCAACUGCCAACUGUAACUCGCGCUUCAUCUACCAAAAUCCCAUCGAGAAGCUCCAAGGGAGAUUAUUACGAUUUUCCAAGGUUCAACUACGGAGGGAUAACCAACCCAGAUGCGCUACAAAUCCCGGAAGUCCCCGCGCCGCCGCCUCCUGCCGAGUAGACAUAUCUUCGACUUUUUCUUCUGCCGCCUCCGUCGUCUACAGCCGCUCCGCACGAAGCUCCAGCUGGCACCUAUAUGAAGUUAUAUCUAGAAGUUUCGACGACAGAAAACAAUCGAUAAAAAACUAACAUCCUGCUCAUUCUAGCGGAUUGCUGGACCGUUUGUUGCAUCAUGGGAAUCGUACAUACUACGAUCUCAUAGGGUGCUGUGUAUGUCCUGUUUUCGACUCUGUACAUAUACGAUUGUAGCAUACAAGUGACAGAAAAGAAGUGGAUCAGACAAGUCUCGCCAAGCACAAAUCGCGUAAGCUGCGACAAGAACGAAGAUAGAUCUUCAUUUUAUUAAUGUUAUUAACAGUAGACCAUUGCAGCAGAACAUUUAACAAUUAGAGAUUUAUUUAUCGAACCUACCCUCGAGUCAUCGUAGAAUCCAAAGAAAGUAUUUUGCAGGCCGAUAGAAUCAUUACACGUGUCGAGUAUUACAAUAAUAAAGCGAUAGUAAAAUAUGGAGAACGAAGAAAACUCGUACCCAUUGUUUUCGUCUUAUGUAAACCUCAAAUUAUGCUCUAUUUACUUAUUCUUCAUGUUGGCUAGUAAUCUGUUUUUUACUUUGCGCACACAAAUCAAGAUAAUUUCCGUUUCUUAUUUUAACGUAUUGGUCUUUAGCCACACAGAGAUAUUUGUCGAUUUCUCUGCUUGCGGGUCAACGUAGCAUUCCCGGCUUGACGUUACUGUAAGCGGUUGGUCCGAUAGCGGAAGG